AUGAUUAACCCGACCAAAGACCUCAUUCAGAACCCCUGGGAGUCGCAGUGGGGUGCUAAACUCACCCAGUUGACACAGGAUAAUGCGGAGGUUCGCGAGGAUCUCACCGCUAUACGUCUGGCCCAGCAGACACCGGUUCGCAUGUCGACAGCAAGCAACGCCGCCGCCGCACAUGUUGCCCCUGCCCACCAUCUUUCAUCCCAUAUGGCAGAACUGGAUUAUGAGUCGAUUAUGGCUCACCCACGGGCGGCUUGCUACGUCGCCGAAUUUAUGAUCAAAACAGGCCUUCUGGGUCAAUUCCGGAACUGCAAAGUUGAACCAGAACCGGACCCUGAAGACACUGAACCAAACACCGGAAUCAGACCGGAAGGGACAGCGUAG